UCUCUCGUGGGCGAUGGUGGAGGGGAGUUAAGUCCGCGUCACGUGAUCAGCCGGCUCGGGUCUGGCGCCUGGCUGGUGGGGGUAGGGUCACGUGAGCCGCUUGUGGCGCCGAGCGAGACGGUAGUGGUGAUGCCGCUUGGUGGUGGGGGGUUAGGGAAAGUCUCGGUGGUGGGGAAAUCUAUCGAGCCGUUACCGUCGAUCGUCGAGCUAAGCGGCAUUGGCAUUCUGACCUGGUAAGUCGCCAGUGUCGGGUCCGUGAGAUAUUACCGGAGUGUGUUGUGAGUGAACGACGGAAGCACGCUUUUGCAUCCGUCAGGACAUUUAAACAACCAUAAAGAUUACGGGCUACGACAAGUUAUAAAAACGUCUCAGGGAGACCAACACAAUCCUCUUUUUUGUUACGACGUGAAUCUUCUCGUUUCUCGCGAUUGCCUCUUUUUUUUUUGGGUUUUCUUUUAAAUCUAUCUCGUACGUGAUACAGGCACGUGCCGUUUCUCGAGCGUACACAUCGUAUAACACGUACACACGUUCCAGCAACUUAUGAGCUAAGUAAAAGGAAGAAUAUAGAGCAGGAUUUUUUUGCGAUAAUCGUCGAGGAACUCGCAACACCCACGCUUUAUUUAUUUAUUUCUUCGAUAGAGAGAGAGAGAGAGAGAGAGAGAGAGAGAGAGACAGACAGAGACAGACAGACAGACAGAGACAGAGAAAGAAAGAAAAAGAAAGAGCGUGUAAGUGCGAGGAAGAGACAGAGGACGACGUUCGAGGAAAAGAUCAACGCCCGAGGAUACGACAAGAGGUUAUAUAUACAGUACGUACAUACAUCUUUCUCUCUAUAGAGAAACAUCGUUCGACGACAAGAGGUGUAACCGAGAAGAGAAGAAAGAGAUUUUCUACUUACGAAAGAAAAGAAAAAAAGAAGAAAAGAAAAGGACGGAUAUACAUAUCUCUGAACGUCCUCUUGUUUCUCAUUUAUUUUCUUGAAUUUUUUUUUGUUCUCUCUCUCUCAUAUAUAUAUAUAUAUAUAUAUAUAUAUAUACACACACAUCAUAUAUAUAUAUUAUAUGUAUAUACACUUCUCUCUAUUCGUUUACUCUUUAUGGCAAAUGAUCUUCCUCGUGCAUCAUUUUCAUCGUUCAUCAUCGAUCUCUCGUUAAACUGUAAUACCAAUUGAAAAUAAAAACGCGAGAGUAACUCGAGUGUUCUGCAUAUCCGUUUCGAAGUUGUUUACCAAAGACCCAAAGCACAUCUAUAUUUUCCUUCUUCUCUUCUUUAACACAUACGCAUAUUCACACUUUUAUAUAUAUAUGUAUAUAUAUAUAUAUAUAAAUACGUAUAUAUGCUUUGUUCUUCCUCUUUUUUCUCAGUUUUUUUUUCUCUCUCUUCUGCUUCGUUCCUGUGUGUUAUAUAGUGAUCAGUGCUAAGUGCCGUUUAACCGGGAAAGAAAGACAAAAAAUCUCUCGGCGUACGAGAAAUAGAUAAAUACAUAGAAAGAAAGACUGAAGUCUCGAAAUAAUACUCUCUUCGGUCGAACUUUAUAUAUAUAUAUAUAUGUAUUUUUUUUUUAUUUGUAUUGCUUCCUACAAGAAGAUCGUUUAAGUAGUAUACGUGCAAAAAGGGACAAAGUGAAGAGAAAAAGAAGGACGAGAGAAAUACAUAAUACGUGAAAUUCUUCUCUUUGUGAUCACAGAGUGAGAAAGAGAUUAGAAUUAUAAAUACAUACAUAUCAUACGUAAUACCAAGUUGUAUAGAGAGAGAGAGAGAGAGUGAAAGAGGAAGAUAGAAAAUUAUUUUUGAGGUUAGAAUAAAUCAUGGAUCUACUUUGUUGCGAACGAACGAGCGAGACAGAGUGCAGGGCGUAUGCUGAUCCGGCUUUGAUCGAGAACGAUCGAGUAUUACAAAAUCUUUUGAAGACAGAAGAGAGAUAUGCUCCAAAUAGUUCUUACUUCGAGUGCGUUCAGAGGGACAUCUCGCCGCUCAUGCGCAAGAUCGUCGCCGAGUGGAUGUUAGAGGUAUGCGAAGAGCAAAAAUGCCAAGAAGAGGUCUUCCCCCUAUCGAUGAACUACGUCGACAGGUUCCUCUCGAUCUGCCCGAUCAGGAAAUCGCAGCUGCAACUAUUGGGAACGACCUGUUUACUCCUCGCAUCGAAAUUACGAGAAGCAUCUCCGUUAACAGCCGAGGUCCUUGUUUUCUAUACGGAUAACUCCGUUACUCUUGAUGAUCUCUGGAGGUGGGAACAGCUCGUAGUGUCAAAACUGAAAUGGGAGCUUUCAGCAGUGACGCCGGGGGAUUUCCUGAUACACAUUCUCAGCAGACUACCCGUAUCUCCUACCUGGGAUCACAUGAUGAUCUUGAGGCACGCACAGACCUUCAUAGCCCUAAGUGCAAGAGAAUACAAGUUUUCGAUGUAUACGCCUAGCAUGAUAGCAGCUGCGAGCAUCGCAGCAGCACUUCAUGGACUCGAUUGGACUGGAAAGAGCGGUUUUGGAUUGCGGGGCCUUUUUGAUGAGCUUACUCGCAUCACGGCUAUCGAACAGGAUUAUUUACGAGGAUGUUUGGAACAGAUCGAAGAGAUGGUCACACAAGUACAAGGUGGUCACGUAAACGGCGAUGGUAAUGCUAAUGGUGAUGCCGGUGUCGAUGGACAUCAAGUAGUCUCAAUGAGUGUUUCUAGUGGACAACAAAGGCCAUUGGGGGAACAAACAACAUCACAGGAGAAGGUGAUCGAACAUGAGAAGGCAGGUACGCCGACUGACGUCAGGGAUGUUCAUUUCUGAACAAAAAGAACGACGACGACGACGAUAACAACAACAACACCAACAGCAGCAGCAACAGCAACAACAACAAUAACAGAUGCAAUAACAACAACAAUAACAACAAUACCAACAACAGCAAUAACAACGACAUCAAUAACAAUAACAAUAACAGCAGCAACGAAGUUAGAUACGUUAUUUUUGAGACAUUAAAACGAAAAGACACUAGAAAAGGAAAAUAAAAAAAGAUGGAAAUAAUAA